AUGGAGGUGUUGUACGAUAAGAAUAAGCCGUUGUUUUUGUUCAGAGACGUACCCGUGAACGAACGAGCGGCGUUGUUUGGGAAAAAGUUACAGCUGUGUUCGUAUUGUUUCGAUUUCACCGAUCCCGCGAUCGACGCGAGGGAGAAGGAAAUCAAGCGUCAGACGUUGAUCGAGAUCGUGGACUACGUCAAUCAAGGCACGGGGCGGUUCACGGAGCAAGUGCUGGAACACAUCAACUUCAUGCUGGCGCAGAAUUUGUUCCGCACGUUGCCGCCGACGAGCUCGGAGCAGACGGGACUGGUGAACGCGGCGAUGUUCGACCCAGAAGAAGAAGAGCCGAGCCUCGAGCCGUCUUGGCCGCACUUGCAAAUCGUGUACGAAUUCUUGUUGCGUUACGUCGUUUCCAACGACAUUGACAUUAAAAACGGGAAGACGUACAUCGAUCAAUCCUUCGUGCUCAGGCUUUUAGAGUUGUUUGACAGCGAAGACCCGCGGGAGCGCGAUUACUUGAAGACGAUUUUGCACAGAAUUUACGGGAAAUUCAUGAUCCAUCGGCCGUUCAUCCGUCAGGCGAUCAAUAAUAUCUUCUUCCGCUUCAUUUAUGAGACGGAGAAACACAACGGAAUCGCGGAGUUGCUCGAAAUUUUGGGAUCAAUCAUCAACGGGUUCGCGCUGCCGCUCAAGGACGAACACAAAACGUUCUUAAAGCGCGCUUUGUUGCCGUUACACAAGCCGAAGUGCGUCGGAAUGUAUCACUCGCAACUCGUUUACUGCGUGACCCAAUUCGUCGAAAAGGAUCCGCGCAUGGCCGACGUCGUCAUUCGCGGUUUGCUCAAGUACUGGCCCGUUACGAAUUCCCAGAAAGAAGUGCUCAUCUUGGGAGAGUUGGAAGAGGUGUUAGAGCUCACGCAAAGCGCGCAGUUUGCCAACGUCAUGGUGCCGCUGUUCAAACAAAUAUCCUUCUGCAUCAACUCCACGCACUUCCAAGUCGCCGAAAGAGCGCUGUUUUUGUGGAACAACGACUACAUUGUCAACCUGGUGGCGCAACAUCGCCACGCGUUGCUUCCCGUCUGCUUCGGUGCGCUCGAAAAGAACGCCGUCGGACAUUGGAACCCAGUCGUGGGCGGAUUAACCAUAAACGUCCGCAAGAUGCUUCAAGAGAUGGACCCCGAGCUCUUCGCGCAGUGUCGCGAGCGUUGGUUGGCGGAUCAAGAGCGUCUCGCUGAGGACGAAAAAGCUCGCCAAGCGCGCUGGUCUCGCGUCGAAAGACUCGCCGGCGCUUCUGCAUGA